UAGCCAAGUUCUAAUCCUUCUCCUCUUUUUAUUUUCCUUUGUUUCCUUAUCUGCAUAUGCUUUGUGCCAAAAUGAUCAACGUCUUGCCCUACUCCAUUUCAAACAAUCCUUUAUUAUAUAUACCACUCCACUAGAUUAUUGUUUCAUGAUUUCUUUGAAUUCCUAUCCAAAAACCAUUUCUUGGAAUAGUAGCAUCGAUUGCUGCUUGUGGGAUGGAGUUACGUGUGAUGAGUCCACAGGCCAAGUGAUUGAGCUUGAUCUCAGUUGCAGUCGACUUCAAGGAAAAAUUGAUUCCAAUAGCACUCUCUUUCACCUCUCUUCUCUACGAAAGUUAAACCUUGCAUGGAAUCAAUUCGAUGGGUCAUUCAUUUCACAUAAAUUUGGACACUUUUCUUAUCUGACACAUCUCAACCUUUCAAGCUCAGGAUUGUCAGGUCAAAUUCCUUCAGAAAUCUUAUAUCUUCCCAACUUAAUUUCUCUUGAUCUAGGUGACUCUUUGAACUAUUAUUCUCGUUUAGAAAUUGGAAAUCAUGAUUUCAUGUUUCUCCUUCUAAACACAACACAGUUAAGGGAAUUAGUUCUUGAUGGAAUACCCAUCCAUUCAUCUAUACCACCUAAUGUCUCUUCAUCGAUAACAACAUUGAGUCUUUCUUACACAGAAUUACAAGGAAGUUUGCCCCCAAACAUCUUUCACCUCCCAAAUUUGCAAAAACUUUUUUUACAUGGCAACGAAAAUCUCUCAUUUCACUUUCCAAGCACCAGAUGGAAUAGUAGUUUGUCUCUCUCAUAUUUGGAUCUCAGCUAUACUAGAUGUCCUCCAAAGAUUAUUGAAUCUCUUAGGAAUCUUAGCAGACUUAAGUUUUUGGGAUUAGCAAACUGUGGAUUAAGUGGUAAAGUUUCAGAGACUAUUUUAGAUCUUGAGCAACUCACAGAAUUAGACCUUUCUGAUAACAAUUUGGAAGGUGGCAUUGCUGAUUUGUUUAUAAAGCUCUGGAGGUUGAAAAACUUAUUUCUUUCUGAUAACAACAUCACUGCCCAAUUUCCGUCCUCCGUCACAAACAUUACUCAUCUAGAGGUCUUAGAACUCUCAAGCAAUUCACUCUAUGGAACAGUACCCUCUUGGCUUUUUAAUCAUUCUACUCUGUACUUACUUGACCUCAGUUAUAAUCAACUCCAAGGACCCAUUCCAACAUCACUUUCAGAAAAUAAGAAUAUGUUCUACCUUGAUCUUUCAUCCAACAAUUUCAGCGGUACUGUAGAGCUCAACAUCUUCUCAAACCACAAAAGAAUUACACUUUUAGAUCUAUCUGAUAACCGCCUGUCAGUAGUCUCCAAUGGAAAAACCAACUCUACAACUAGUUGGUCGGAAAGCCUCAUUGUCUUGAGGUUAGUCUCGUGCAAUUUGACGAAUUUGAAUUUUUUAAGAGAUUCAAAGUUCCUUGGGCGACUAGAUCUUUCCAACAAUAAAAUACAAGGAAGAAUUCCAGAAUGGGCUUGGUCAAACUGGCAGGACACAUUGAAGUAUCUUAAUCUAUCCCACAACCACCUCACUAGUGUGGAAGGAUUUCAACUUCAUUCCAUUGCUAUUAUUGAUCUCCAAUUCAACUUGCUAGAAGGGCCACUUCCUAUUCCAUCAUCUCCCUUCUUAACAUAUUAUUUUGCAUCACAAAACAAAUUCAGUGGUGAGAUGCCUUUGGCUGUAUGCAAUUCGAGCAAUGUUCAAAUUCUAGACUUGGCCAACAACAGUUUAAGUGGUGCAAUCCCGCAAUGUCUUGAAAAUUCUAGCAAGGUUUUGGAGGUACUGGACCUGCAUAACAAUGAAUUCAGUGGUUCCAUUCCUUCAACUUUUUCCACAGCAAAUCAGUUACAUACCCUUAAUUUGAGAGGAAAUAAGUUGGAAGGAAGAAUUCCACGAUCCUUGGCCAGUUGUAUUAAUUUGGUAGUUCUUGAUCUUGGAAAAAACAAUUUGAGCAAUAUAUUCCCCGAGUGGCUGUUAACACUCCCAAAAUUACAGGUACUUAGUCUGAGAUCUAACCACUUCUAUGGCACCAUAACCACUUCACCAACUAAACACCUGUCUUCUCAACUAAAGAUCAUUGAUCUCUCUCACAACGAGUUUACUGGGAAUUUUCCGAUUUGGUUGUUCAAGAGCUUUACUGCUAUGAAAAACUCCGAUGAAGAUAGAAAGCCACCAAGUUACUUUGGGGAUCAUGGAAACUACUACACAGACUCUUUAGUGUUGGUGUGGAAAGGAAGCCAGCUUAAUUUUGAAAAAAUUUUGACUGUGUACACCACCAUUGAUCUCUCAAGUAACAAAUUUGAAGGGAAAAUUCCUAGUGCCAUAGGACAACUUCUUUCCCUCCGAGGUUUGAAUUUAUCGCACAACAUGUUGUGUGGUAGUAUCCCCCAUUCUUUGGGAAAACUAUCCUUGUUGGAAUCAUUAGACCUUUCCUCAAAUCGGCUUGUUGGGGAAAUUCCAAAGGAGUUGGCACCUCUUACAUUUCUCAGUGUUUUCAAACUCUCUCAUAAUCAUCUUACAGGAUGCAUACCCAAGGGGAAUCAAUUCAACACGUUUGAUAAGGGUUCUUACGAAGGGAAUGAUGACCUACGUGGAUAUCCAAUGACAAAAGACUGUGGGAAUGGUGUCUCAUCUCAACAACCUACUCUAGAAGUGCUCCAUCAAGAAGACAAUGUGAGCAUUUUAGAUGGUUGUACCUGGAAAGUUGUGUUGUUGGGCUAUGGUUGUGGCGUUGUUUUUGGAAUGGUAAUGGGGAGUCUCAUGCUUUUAACUCGAAAGCCUUAUUGGAUUACUAAAUUUGUUGAAGAAGAAGGAUGCAGAAUUUUGAGGAAAUUGAAGAACAGAAAGAGGUCAAAGACACAAAGGAAUGGAAGAAGAAGAAGCUAGGGCUUUAACUCUACUUUGAUGCAAAGGACAGAUUGCACUUCAAAUUCAACACUAGUAGAUAAGAUAGUUUAAAUAAAUUUCACUUUCUCAUAUGUUCAUGUAAUGAUAUAUUAGAUUAUGCUUCACUUCAAUUUGCAAUAAAUGUUCUCUCAAUAGUAAAAUGUUUUGAAAAAUAGCUAAUUGUUUAAUGCACUUUGGUUUGCAAUUAAUAACAUGUUCAAUAAGUUGCUACU